AGGAUUCUAUGGCGUUAUGUCUUGGUGUGAUAACAAUCAAAGCAGCAUCUGGUGGACAUUGUGGAAUUUGGAAACCAAAGAAGCUGUGAGGAAAAGGGUCCUGUAUGAAAAAGACAUCCUCUCGAGGUGCUGAUCUUGUCGAACUGACUUUGGAUCGGAAAGGGAAAAAGAAGACAGAAGUGUCCAUGUUGCAGUUAAAAAUACAUACCACUGUCAACAUGCAGGAGAAACCCUAUGAAUGCCUGGAGUGUGGAAAGAGCUUCAAACACAAUCAAAGUCUGCAGUCACAUCAAAGGACUCACACUGAGGAGAAACCCUAUACAUGCCUGGAAUGUGGCCAGAGCUUCACUCAGAGUUCACACCUACAUACACACAAACGAACUCACACUGGGGAGAAACCCUAUAAAUGUCUAGAGUGUGGAAAGAGCUUCAGUGAUAGUGGAAGUCUACAUAAACACCAACUAACUCACACUGGGGAGAAACCCUAUACAUGCCUGGAAUGUGGACAGAGCUUCACUCAGAGUUCACACCUACGUAGGCAUCAACGCACUCACACUGGGGAGAAACCUUAUGCAUGCCUGGAAUGUGGCCAGAGCUUUACUCAGAGUUCACACCUACAUAGACACCAACUAACUCACACUGGGGAGAAACCUUAUAAAUGCCUGGACUGUGGAAAGAGGUUCACUCGGAGUGGAGAUCUGCGUUCACAUCAACAAACUCACACUGGGGAGAAACCCUAUGAAUGCCUGGAGUGUAGAAAGAGUUUCACUUUGAGACAUUAUCUGCAGCAACAUGAAAGGAUUCACACUGGGGAGAAACCCUAUGCAUGCCUGGAAUGUGGAAAGAGCUUCACUGAUAGUGGACAUCUACAUAAACACCAACAAACUCACACUGGGGAGAAACCCUAUCAAUGCCUGGAGUGUGGAAAGAGCUUUGCCCGGCAUGGGAGUCUACAGUCUCACCACAGAACUCACUCUGGGGAGAAACCCUAUAAAUGCUUGGAGUGUGGAAAGAACUUCACUGGCAGUGGCGACCUACAUAGACACCAACGAACUCACACUGGGGAGAAACCCUAUACAUGCCUGGAGUGUGGAAAGAACUUCACUGGCAGUGGAAACCUACAUAAACACCAACAAACCCAUACUGGGGAGAAACCCUAUAAAUGCCCGGAGUGUGGAAAGAGCUUCACUCAGCGUAUACACCUACAUAACCACCAAGGAACUCACACUGGGGAGAAACCGUAUAAAUGCCUGGAGUGUGGAAAGAGUUUCAGUUGGGAGCAUUCUCUGCAGCAACAUGAAAGGCUGCACACUGGGGAGAAACCCUAUAAAUGCCUGGAGUGUGGAAAGAACUUCAAUGGCAGUGGAGACCUACGUAGACACCAACGAACUCAUACUGGGGAGAAACCCUAUCAAUGCCUGGAGUGUGGAAAGAGCUUUACUCGUAGUGGAGUUCUGUGUAGACACCAACGAACUCACACUGGGGAGAAACCCUAUCAAUGCCUGGAGUGUGGAAAGAGCUUCACUGACAGUGGAAAUCUUCAAAAACAUAAUAGAACGCACACUGGGAUGCCUUGAGUGUGGAAAGAGUUUCACUCUGAGGGGUCAUCUGCAGCCACGUGAAACUCACAUUCUAGUAAAUGGAUGCUAAGGGAGACUCUCUAAGAUGUACAAA